CUGGCGCGCCUGCGCCCUGCCGCCGGCCCCUCGCCGUGAGGAGGAGGAGGUGGAGGAGGAGGCGGCUCGGGGAGAUCGAGCAGCGAGCUGGAUCGCGGAGCGUGAGUGAGGGAGCCUAGCCGCUUGCCCGCCCGCCCGCCCGCCACCGCCACCGCCGCCGCUGCCUCCCCUCCGUAAGCAGGAGCCCGGGCCGGGGCCCGGCACGCCGCCCGCCCCCCCACCACAGCCCCUCCCUCGUCGUCAGGCCGCGAGGGCAGCGCGCGCGAGCCCAGGGGGAGGGACAGCGAGCGAGCGAAAGAGCGCCGGGAGGAGGCGGCCGGACCGAGCGAGCGCCCGCGCGUGUGGCGUGAGGGGAAGCCGCUGCCCGCCCCCCCCCUUCGCCUUCCCUUCUCUCCCCCUCCCCGCUCCCCCCCCGACCGCGGAGCAGCACCAUGUCGGCGCCGGCGGCCAAAGUCAGUAAAAAGGAGCUCAACUCCAACCACGACGGGGCCGACGAGACCUCAGAAAAAGAACAGCAAGAAGCAAUUGAACAUAUUGAUGAAGUACAAAAUGAAAUAGACAGACUUAAUGAACAAGCCAGUGAGGAGAUUUUGAAAGUAGAACAGAAAUAUAACAAACUCCGCCAACCAUUUUUUCAGAAGAGGUCAGAAUUGAUCGCCAAAAUCCCCAAUUUUUGGGUAACAACAUUUGUUAACCAUCCACAAGUGUCUGCACUGCUUGGGGAGGAGGAUGAAGAGGCGCUGCAUUAUUUGACAAGAGUUGAAGUGACAGAAUUUGAAGACAUUAAAUCAGGUUACAGAAUAGAUUUUUAUUUUGAUGAAAACCCUUACUUCGAAAAUAAAAUUCUCUCCAAAGAAUUUCAUCUGAAUGAGAGUGGUGACCCAUCUUCAAAGUCCACUGAAAUCAAAUGGAAAUCUGGAAAGGAUUUGACGAAACGAUCAAGUCAAACACAGAAUAAAGCCAGCAGGAAGAGACAGCAUGAGGAACCAGAAAGCUUCUUCACCUGGUUUACUGAUCAUUCUGAUGCAGGUGCAGAUGAAUUAGGAGAGGUCAUCAAAGAUGAUAUUUGGCCAAAUCCGUUACAGUACUACUUGGUUCCUGACAUGGAUGAUGAGGAAGGGGAAGGAGAAGAGGAUGACGACGAUGAUGAAGAGGAGGAAGGAUUGGAAGAUAUUGAUGAAGAAGGGGAUGAGGAUGAAGGUGAAGAAGAUGAAGAUGAUGAUGAGGGGGAGGAAGGAGAGGAAGAUGAAGGAGAAGAUGACUAAUGGAACACUGAUGGAUUCCAACCUUUUUUAAUUUUCUCCAGUCCCUGGGAGCAAGUUGCAGUCUUUUUUUUUUUUUUUUUUUCCUCCUCUUGUGCUCAGUCGCCCUGUUUUUGAGGUCUCUUUUCUCCUUUAUACCAUGGUUCACAACUUAUUUGGGGAGGGGGGAAAUAUCUUGAGCAGAAUUCAGUGGGAAAAGAAUCUCUACCCCUUUCUGUUUCAAAUUCAUUUUUAUCCCUUCCUGUCUCAACAAAAACUAUGGAAUCAACACCACCAUGCUCUGUGGGAAAAAAAGAAAAACCUUCUGCUCCCUUAGCUCUGCUGGAAGCUGGAGGGUGCUAGGCCCCUGUGUAGUAGUGCAUAGAAUUCUAGCUUUUUUCCUCCUUUCUCUGUAUAUUGGGCUCAGAGAUUACACUGUGUCUCUAUGUGAAUAUGGACAGUUAGCAUUUACCAACAUGUAUCUGUCUACUUUCUCUUGUUUAAAAAAAGAAAAAAAAAACUUAAAAAAAUGGGGUUAUAGAAGGUCAGCAAAGGGUGGGUUUGAGAUGUUGGGUGGGUUAAGUGGGCAUUUUGACAACAUGGCUUCUCCUUUGGCAUGUUUAAUUGUGAUGUUUAACGGACAUCCUUGCAGUUUAAGAUGACACUUUUAAAAUAAAAUUCUCUCCUAAUGAUGACUUGAGCCCUGCCACUCGAUGGGAGAAUCAGCAGAACCUGUAGGAUCUUAUUUGCAAUUGACAUUCUCUAUUGUAAUUUUGUUCCUGUUUAUUUUUAAAUUUUUCUUUUUGUUUCACUGGAAAGGAAAGAUGAUGCUCAGUUUUAAACGUUAAAAGUGUACAAGUUGCUUUGUUACAAUAAAACUAAAUGUGUACACAAA